GAGCCACUGGUGGGUGUGAACCGCCGACCUUUCGGUUAGCAGCCGAGUGCGUAACCAUUGCACCACCAGGGCUCAUCUUUUAGUGUUAAGGACCAUGAAAAAAAUGAUUUAGAAGUAUUUUUUUUUCCUUUUAACUCUCACAACAGCUCUGUUAAAUUUUACUCUUAUUAUCACCAUGUUACAAAUGGAGAAAUUGAGGCUUAGGGAGAAUGAGUGAUUCGCUCAGGGCCUCCUAGCUAGUCCAUAAUUUGAUUCAGGACUUAAACCCAGCUCUUUUCUCACUCCAAAGUUUGUUUUCCUAACUACGGCACUCUAAGAAAACUGCUUUUUGUUUUAAAAGGUUUUGUUUAUUUACUUGUUUUUUUAAAUUUUUUUUAUUUUUAAGGAAUGCUACCAGAAAAGCGCUGAUAAUUUGGUUAAAAUCUCAGUCCAGGAAGAAAUGCCUAAAAGAGCCACUUGAUUUACUUCCUGUCUUUAUCCGUUCUCAGUUUGAAGUAUUAGUUUAAGAACCUAUCUGCCCAUAGCAGUGUAUUCUACUUUGGCACAAAAUCAGAUUCUCUAACUGCUUCACUUGUGUCAGUUGUCCCUGAUUUCAGGAGAUAGUGCCAAACCAUUCCUCUCGUGUGUUCUCAGCCCUGAAACUACCAAACAAGUUUAUCCAUUAAGUAAUGCCAGGAAUUGGUUAGCUUCCUGGAAACAGAAUUUGUCAACCUGAUAAACCAGCUCUUAUAAUAGCAUCGUCCUCUCCAGAAUUAGAAAUGGUUUCUCCAGUCACGCUUGUCGAUUUGAUUUGGAAGGUGGUUGUGUGUGUGUGUGUGUCUGGUUUAAUAUCCAACAACUGAAAUCCUCAUUUCUAAGGGUAGGUACAUUGAUACUGAAAACGCUAUGCAUUCUGCUCCUAGUUUGCUGGAUGCACCUUAGAAAACACCUAUCUAGUCAUAAUCCUCUUUCUGUUUAUCCGAUUUACUGUUACAGUUGGCCCAAUUAAUUUAAUAUGUGUGUUAUACUUAAUAAUACAUAUAAGCCAAUUUAAUAUAUAAGCCAGUCUUCCUAGUUGAGAUGCUGUGAUCUAGUUUUUAAACCUUGAUUAAGAAGUUAAAAACAAAACAAAAAAAUAAGCAAAUUUGCUUUAAGGAGCCUAUAGGGUAAUUAAUAGAAAAUAUAUAAUAAUUGGUGAGAUUUAUGUAUUUUAAUUUUGACAGAUAUCUUUCUAGAGGUAUCCACUUCUUCCUCAUUCAUUAUUCCCUUUACCAUGUGCUUUCAGUAGUACAGCUAUGUGACUCUCAUAUUUUGAAGUGGAAUUAUAUGGGAGACUACUUUAUUGUUGCUUUUCCUGCAAGAUUUAAAUUUAAUUUCACUUUUCUGAACAGGAAAAAAUCUCUUCGUAGGAACCCUUCUCCUUCCUUUCCUGCACCCCCUCAAAGGGCAAAGGGGGCACCUGAGUACAUUUGGUCUAGGAAGCGAGGAGACGCAGAUAGCAUGGGAGAAGAGAAUGGAGUGAUUCUGCUUCCUAUACUUCAUACUGUUCUUUCCUUUCCAAGGAAUAUUAGAGUAUUUCCAAGAGCAAUGAUGAUAAAGGGCAGGAGAUAGGCACUCUCCUUGGGUGGAGUCUUUAGUACGUUCUUCUUUUAAGGUGUGCCCCAAGUGAGUCACUUGUCACCACAGCGAAGUAUACCAACUUAUCCCUCAUGUUCCCUUCUAGAUCAGCAGAUUGUUUUCAACUCUUAUUGACACAAAAAAUAAACAAUUUAUUUAUUUUUCAAGUCUGUUCAGUGCUGUCUGGGUGGAUAAGGACCUUUUGAAGGACCUAGGAAAAUUUUGCAAAACAUUGCAUUGGGCUGAUUUGGCUUCUGGGUUUUCGCCAGCUGUCCUUAAUACAUGAGAACUCUAAUACUAUAUGCUGUUUCAAGAAAAAGAGAUUGAAAGUAAUGCCACUAAGGCAGAGACAUUGCAUUGCUUGGUCAGUAAGGGUAGAAAAACAAUAGAACUGUCUUUUGACUUCCCUCUGGGAAGCAGAGAGCCUAUAAACUUGUAAUGGGUUCGGGGUAUUUAGAGGCUAGGCUUGUAAAACAACUUCUCUUCAAAACAGCUACAUGAGGUCCUUGUUUGAUACCUUUUAAAAUGUGCUUUCGUACAUGUGAUGCUUUAAUAGGUUUAUGCUGACCCUGUCCCAUAAUCAGCUCUCUACCAACUCAUCUUUUCAUUCACUAUUCUACCGUGCUGUGCUGAAUUGUUCUUCACAGCAACUUCUCAUCUCUUUCCUCGCUGAGUUUUUCUGGCACUGGACAUAUUGCUCUGCUUGAGCGUGCGACUGUGCAUGCAUGCACACGCACAUCAAUUAGUAAAUACUGGUGCCAGAAAUCUGAUUGGGGAGCUGUUAAGAAUCCUUUAAAAUUCAAAUUGACAUGAUCUGACCUCAGUUAUCUGCUUUCAGAGGCAUCAAAUGCAUGUUAUAGUUGCAGGGUCUGUCAUUUCACUUGGGCAGAAUUCCUGAGUAUUAGUCCUAUAAUCUGUGCAAGUACUUUUGCUGGUCUGUGUUUAAGUAUCUUAGCCCAUGUGUUCUCUUUUACUGCAGACGAACAAGAAGCGUUGGACUCGAUCAUGAAGGAUCUGGUGGCUCUCCAGAUGAGCCGACGUCCCCGGCUGCCUGGAUAUGAGACCAUGAAGAACAAGGACACGGGUCACCCAAACAGGCAGAAAAAGCACAACAGCAGCAGCCCAGCCCUUCUGAACAGCCCCACAGUAACAACAGGCUCAUGUGCAGGGGCCACUGAGAAAAAGAAAUUUUUGAGUGACGUCAGAAUCAAGUUUGAGCACAACGGGGAGAGGCGAAUUAUAACAUUCAGCCGGCCUGUGAGAUAUGAAGAUGUGGAGCACAAGGUGGCAACAUUAUUUGGGCAGCCUCUCGAGCUACAUUACAUGAACAAUGAGCUCUCCAUCCUGCUGAAAAACCAAGAUGAUCUUGAUAAGGCAGUUGACAUUUUGGAUAGAAGCUCAAGCAUGAAAAGCCUUAGGAUAUUGCUGCUGUCCCGGGACAGAAACCAUACCAGUUCCUCUCCCCACUCUGGGGUGUCCAGGCAGGUGCGGAUCAAGGCUUCCCAGUCCGCGGGGGAUAUAAAUACCAUCUACCAGCCCCCUGAGCCCAGAAGCAGGCAUCUCUCUGUCGGCUCCCAGAACCCUGGCCGAAGCUCUCCUCCCCCUGGCUACGUGCCUGAGCGGCAGCAGCGCAUUGCCCGGCAGGGGUCCUACACCAGCAUCAACAGUGAGGGGGAGUUCAUCCCAGAGACCAGCGAGCAAUGCAUGCUGGAUCCUCUGAGCAGCGCUGAGAACUCCUUGUCAGGAAGCUGCCAAUCCUUGGACAGGUCAGCAGACAGCCCGUCCUUCCGGAAAUCACGAAUGUCUCGAGCCCAGAGCUUCCCAGACAACAGACAGGAGUACUCGGAUCGGGAAACUCAGCUCUACGACAAAGGAGUCAAAGGUGGAACCUACCCCCGGCGCUACCAUGUGUCUGUGCACCACAAGGACUACAAUGAUGGCAGAAGAACGUUUCCAAGAAUACGACGCCAUCAAGGCAACUUGUUCACCCUGGUGCCCUCCAUCCGCUCCCUGAGCACAAAUGGCGAGAACUUGGGUCUGGCUGUGCAGUACCUGGACCCCCGCGGACGCCUGCGGAGUGCAGACAGCGAGAACGCCCUCUCUGUACAGGAGAGGAGCGUCCCGACCAAGUCUCCUAGUGCCCCCAUCAAUUGGCGCCGGGGGAAGCUUCUAGGCCAGGGUGCCUUUGGCCGGGUCUAUUUGUGCUAUGAUGUUGACACGGGACGUGAACUUGCUUCCAAGCAGGUCCAGUUUGACCCAGACAGUCCUGAGACCAGCAAGGAGGUGAGCGCUCUGGAGUGCGAGAUCCAGCUGCUGAAGAACUUGCAGCACGAGCGCAUCGUGCAGUACUAUGGCUGCCUGAGGGACCGCGCUGAGAAGACGCUGACCAUCUUCAUGGAGUACAUGCCCGGGGGCUCGGUGAAAGACCAGUUGAAGGCCUACGGGGCUCUGACGGAGAGCGUGACCCGCAAGUAUACCCGGCAGAUCCUGGAGGGCAUGUCCUACCUGCACAGCAACAUGAUUGUUCACCGGGACAUCAAGGGAGCCAACAUUCUCCGAGACUCUGCUGGGAACGUGAAGCUGGGGGACUUUGGGGCCAGCAAGCGCCUGCAGACCAUCUGCAUGUCAGGGACGGGCAUGCGCUCGGUCACUGGCACUCCAUACUGGAUGAGUCCUGAGGUGAUCAGCGGUGAGGGCUACGGAAGGAAGGCAGACGUGUGGAGCCUGGGCUGCACCGUGGUGGAAAUGCUGACAGAGAAGCCACCUUGGGCAGAGUAUGAAGCCAUGGCUGCCAUCUUCAAGAUUGCCACCCAGCCCACCAACCCUCAGCUGCCCUCCCACAUCUCUGAACACGGGCGGGACUUCCUGAGGCGCAUUUUCGUGGAGGCCCGCCAGAGACCUUCGGCCGAGGAGCUGCUCACACACCACUUUGCACAGCUCGUGUACUGAGCUCUAGGCCACGCUGCUGCCGGCCGCCCCCUGCUACAUGGGCAAGGGGCUGCUGGGGGCUCAGCACAAUUGCUGCUUCUCCCAGGCAAGGCUGUGGACCCUAGAGCUACAGUCCAGCCAGCGUUUGCUGGGCCUCUUCUGUCCCAGGGCUCAGAGCCAGGGUGGGGGCCGCAGACUCAAGGACUGGGAGCCCCCAGUCUGUCAGACCAGAGGGCUCCAGCGCCCUGAGCUCAGCCUGGAUUGGAGGGGCCAGGAACCAUGUGCGAGGCGACCAUGGGCCCCAGCCUCGGAGUUGUGUCCUGACACCGCAGUCAGCACCGAGGCCCUGAGGUCUGGGGCACAGGACUGAUGCAGGGUGUGAAUAGUGUUAUUUUCAUUCAGAGUGUUACUUUGCUUCUGGAGGCCACCAUGGGCAUCUCGAGCCCACCCAAGCCUGAGAUCAAGUCCAGUAUUCCCCCAGCCAGUCGAAGGCAGAGGCUGGGCUGCCCUCUCCCCUCGGCCCCCAGGCCAGCUUUGCCAGUCCUGUCCUUUACCAAAGAUGAAUGAAGCAAAUGUUAUGCUGCCUUAUUCAGGGAAGGAGGCACCUGUCCUGCCUGCCCCUGUGCCCCCACCCCCGCCAAGCAGGGGCCUGAGAUGUGGAAUUGCCCCUGCUGAGGGGGGAGACCUGGUUUUGUCAAUGCAAUUUUGUCCGUUUUACAAGUUGGAAUGACUUUUAUGCUGUACCCAGUUUCUAAACUGGAGACCUUGUGUGCCCUCUGGGCUCUGAACACCAGUCGUGGGCUCGAGCCUUGGGCUGGACAAGAUGCUUGGCCUGUGCUCCUGGCCUGGUGUCCGUUGCCCCACUGGAGCAGAAGAAAGGUGGACAACACAGGGCGGGCCUCUGACCUGGGGGGCUGCAAGUCACGACCCUGCUGGGCCAGAGCCCUCUCCAUUGGGCAGAAGGGCAGGGCCACGUGCUGCCGCCAGCUGUGUGCAGACCGCCAGCUCUGCUCCUCCUUAGCCAGCCUGGCCUAUCCCCAAGAGGUCUCAGCCUUGUGCCCUUCUUGCUCCUCCCCUGGGGGAGGGAUGGCAACAGGGGUUGGGGAAACAGUAUCUCCAAGCAGCUUAGAGUUGGCCAUAUUUACCUCAGCCUGGGCGCUGGUCCUUUCUUCCGGCCCCUCCCCUCCAAAAUGUGCCUAUUGCUAAAGCUCCUCCCUGUCGACACUCAGUUUCCUUGGGAGUUGUCAUUAAAGAGAAAAUAAGCCAGUGCCCAGGGAAGGGCGUCUCUAGGGAGUUGAGGAUUAGCACCAGGCAGCUCAUCGCCAGCCAUGCCCACUUCCCCACGGGCACCCGAACAAGCCAAAGCCUUCGUUGUAUGUUGACGAUGCACUUUUAUGAAUGUAGUUUCUAUCGCUGUUUUUAGCCUUCUCACAUCAUGUAAUGUGAGGCCUUGUACUUGUUAAUUUAUAUCUCAGAUCAUAUUUGAUGGUUUUUAUAUAUAUCAAUUCUAGACUGUUACAGGUGAUGGACGCCUCGAGAGAGAGAAGAGAAAAUGAAAGCAGCUGGUUUUGCAGAAAUGCAUGGUGCCACCUGGGCCUGGGCCCCUCCAUUCCCACCCCACCCCCCACUCCAGGGGCCUCUGUCAGACACCCCCAGCCCUGCCCUCUGAAGACAGUGAGCACAUGCUCCUGCCUCCACCUAGGCCCUGGCCCAGGGUGGGGACCGGCCCCUCCUUUCGACCACAGCUGCUUUGCCGCAGCUCGGCCUCUCCGUGACCCCGCCCUGAUGGCGGUAGCAUUCUUCUUGGCCUGCACCCCCACCCCAGUACCGGUGCCCCAAGAGGAAACAGCGUGGUGCUGGCUCUGACAAGACGAAAGGACUUUGCGUGUCCUGGGUUCAGGCUCCCACAGAGCCCCACCCCUGGGGUCUUACCUCACAGGGACUGUGUUCUAAAAAUGAAUUUGAAAAUAAGCCAACAAACCCUGCUCUCCAAAACAAAAACAACAUGAUUUUUUUGUGCCAAAAACUGUGGACAUGCUGGCUCAGCAUCCUCAGGACCAAGCUGUUGCUUAAUUUUAAUUUAUUUUUUUUUUAUUAAAUAAUCCAGAUAAAAAGUUGUGGGGCCCUAGGAUGGCCUGGGCCCAAAGGUUCUGAAGUGCACUUUCCUAACAGCCCCCAGGCUUGCUGUGGGAAGGGGCCGUGCUGCCAU